CCGACUGUUACAAUAACCAACUGUGACUCCCGAGGGAGGGCAAAGUCUGUCCUCCCUCGUCACUAAUUUCGGAACGAUGCAGCAGUAGUCAGGCAAAUGAAGGCUCCGACGGAAGUCCGCCGGAGGUUGGUCUCGAGGGCGCUUUUAUUGGACUGGAAGUGUCUCCUGACCUCUUCGAAUUUCCCGGAGCCUUUGAUGUUCUCGAUUACUAUACGGGAGGGGAUCCUGGAGAGGGGAUCCCUGGAGGAGAUGCUCCAGACGGACCUCUGGAGGGGAGUGGAGGUGGGAGUCGUGGAGAAGAAGCGGAGGAUGCGUGGUUGGGUGUGCCGAUGCCUGGUCAAUUCCCAAUUUCCAACUGGUUGGCGAUUGACGUCAACAACGACACUCGUAAUGAAACAUGUGGCGAUGCUGGGUAUGGCUGUUCCCCCGAGCAGUCUCUAAAUGCCCAGCUUGCCAACUUCAACCAAUACGAUCUGGGCCUUGGCCCAAAUACGGAGUCAGAUUUUGACCCCUGGUCACUGAAGUUCGACUCAAAUAUAGGAUCGGAUUUCGACCCGUCGUCACUAAACUUCAGCCCCCCUACCGGGCAGCCCCCCAUAUCAAUAGAGGAGCAGAGUGGACUGUCCACGGGCGCGCGUUCAGAAAAGGGCUCAAAUGAACAUCUUACGAGACCGGAUUUCGUGUGCGGUAUAUGUGACGUCCCCUUCUCUUCACAGGGCAAGUUAAAUACACAUAAUAGACGUCACGACAAGAGGCAUCGCUGCAAUCAAUGCGAUUGGCGAUUCCCAGAAGCACGAGACCUACGCCGCCACGUACAGUCGGUGCACCAGCAGGAGCAGGAGCAAUGCCCGCAGUGCGGGAAGACGUUGAAACGACGGGGUGAUAACUUGCGGCGGCAUAUGUCGCGUUAUUGCAAAAAUAAGAAUAUGAUUGAAUAAGGAAUUCAAGGUGGGAUUGGAUUGGAUCGGAUCGACCAGUUUCGCAGAGGCACACCAGACGACGAAGAAAGAGACGGGAAAAAAAAAAAAAA